AUGAGGUUCCUCGAUAAGUUCAAGCUGCCUCACGACACGAACAUCGUCGCAGCAACCGAGCAAGAGGGCUCACCAGCGGCCGAUGUCAAAAAGGAGGACGAUGUUGAGCAGCCCCGUGUCCCCGAGUCAGACACCAACUCAACCUCGAGGGUCAGCUUAGAGGAGCUCAACGAGAAGGAGGUACAGGCCAACCCCGACCAAGUCACCGCUGAUGCUGCCCUCGGUGUGCAAAAGGCUGAGGCUGCCGCCCUCGUCUGGCCCAGAUGGGCUCUGUACGCCACCUACGGCUGGAUAUGGCUGUGCUUCUUCAUGCUGGCCCUCCAGCAGGGCACCACCACCAUCUUCAACAUGAACGCCUACGCGAACUUCAUGUCCGCGCCCCAGAUUGACACCGCCUACAUCCUCUCCACCAUCGUCGGCGGCGUCAUCAAGCUCCCCAUCGCCAAGCUGAUCAACGUCUGGGGCCGUGCCGAGGGCUUCUUCUUCUUCGUCGUUGUCUAUCUGAUCGGCAUGAUCGUCAUCUCCAAGAGCAAGGGCCCCGACGCCUACGCUGCUGGCUACGUUCUCUACUGGAUCGGCUACGACGCCAUCUACCUGAUCAUGGAUGUCUUCGUCGCCGAUACCUCCGGCCUCCGGAACCGUGCCUUCGCCUUCGCCUUUGUCGGCACGCCUUUUAUCUGCACGGCCUUCACCGCGCCGCUGGUUGCCCAGAGUUUCGUGAACCAUACUACCUGGCGGGUGGGCUACGGCGCCUUCGUCGUCAUCAUGUUCUUCGUUUUCACGCCUUUGGCUCUCGUCUUCAAGUUCUACUCGCUGAAGGCUGAGAAGCUGGGCUUGUUCAAACGCGAGAAGACUGGUCGGACCUUCGCUCAGUCCUUUGUUCACUACUGCCACGAGUUCGACAUUGUUGGUUGUGUGAUCCUCAUGGCCGCUUUCAUUCUCUUCCUGCUGCCCUUCUCCCUGGAACAGUACGGCUACGCGGGCUACCACUCGGCCAAGUUCAUCGCAAUGAUUGUCGUUGGUGUCUGCUUGUUCCCCGUCUUCUACGUCUGGGAGCGGUACUUCGCUCGGUACCAUUUCAUCCGCUGGGAGCUAUUCAGGAGCCGCACAGUGACCGGUGCCUGUUGCCUGGCCGCCAUCCUGUACUUUAGCUUCUACUCGUGGGAUCUGUACUACCAGAGCUUCGUCAUGGUUGUUUACGACCUCGAUCUUGCCACGGCCGGCUACAUGGGUCAGAUCUACAACGUCGGGUCCACAUUCUGGGGUGUCAUCUUCGGUAUCUGGGUGCGACAGACCAGGCACUUCAAGUACACGGCGCUCUUCUUUGGACUGCCGCUGAUGAUGCUCGGAGCCGGCCUAAUGAUCCAUUUCCGCGGCGCUGACCAGGGCAUCGGCUACCUGGUCAUGUGCCAGAUCUUCAUCGCCUUUUCCGGUGGCACACUCGUGAUCAGCCAGGACAUGGCCGUCAUGGCGGCCUCGGACCGCGACGGCGUGCCCAUGCUGCUCUCCCUGCUCGGCCUGACCUCGAGCAUCGGGGGAGCCAUCGGCUUCGCCGUCUCUGGUGCCAUUUACGCCAACACCUUUCCCCAGGCUCUGCAGAAUUAUCUCCCCGACGAGGCCAAGUCGAACGCCACGGCCAUCUACCUCGGCGGGUACCUCGAGCAGAUGACCUAUCCCGUCGGCAGCCCCAUCCGCAUCGGCAUCGACUCUGCCUGGGGCUACUACCAGAGGCAGGGCUGUAUCGCCGCCACUGCCGUCCUGGUUCUUGCCAUCCCCUCCAUUGCGGUCUGGAAGAACUACAACGUCGAUAGGAAGCAGAACAAGGGUGUUCUGAUUUGA